GUGUGUCUAUUUUGUUUUGCUUGCACAUUUGAUAACACAUACUCGUACAUACACCUAUAAUUUUUACAUACCACCUUAUAAGUAUUUAACACUAUCUUAGAACGUGUGUAUGUACAUAUAUUAAAAUUAUUGUGAUUUUGCCGGCACAGAAUAAAAGCGCAAACCUGUGGGACUCGCAAACUUAGUAAUACGGUGGAAGCGCGUUACAAACGGUCGUUAGAAGUCUUAAUCGCAUUUAAAAGGAAUAUAAAUAAUAAAGACUGUAUAAUGCUGUCGGUAAAUACUGCUUGCCUCUUGGCGGCACUCUUGGGGUUGGUCUACGUUUGGUGUCGUUACACAUUUGGCUACUGGAAACGMAAUAAGAUUCCCUAUAUGACGCCAUUGCCACUGAUUGGCAAUAUGCAAGUUUUAUUUACAAUGAGCAAUAGUUUCUAUCUAUAUCUAUCGGAUAUUUAUAAAGACGCUAGAAUGUCAAAGGCUGCAGCGGUCGGCAUCUAUAUACUCAAUCGGCCAGCGUUAGUGUUACGUGAACCGGAACUUAUAAAAUCMGUGCUAAUAAAGGAGUUUCCAAAGUUCGUUAAUCGGUCAGGUGGAUGUGAUCCACACAAUGAUGCUUUGGGUUCAAAUAAUCUAUUUUUCAUACGCAAUCCGCAAUGGAAAGAUUUGAGAACGAAAAUAACGCCGGUUUUCACAACAGGAAAGAUCAAGCAAAUGUAUCCACUAAUGACUGAGAUCGGCGCGGARUUGGAAGCCCAUUUAAAUUCGCAUGCGAAAACUGACAACGCUUUCGUAACUGAAAUUAAAGAGAUUUGUGCGCUAUUCACCACCGACAUGAUUGCCACCAUCGCUUUUGGUGUGAAAGCCAACAGUCUUGUAAAUCCCAAUGCCGAGUUUCGUGUGAAAGGACGACAACUGUUCAACUUUACACUCAGCCGCGCUAAGGACUUCUUUGUAAUUUUUUUCUUUCCAAAGUGGGCCUCUACAUUUCGUGCUCAAUUUUUUACAACGGAGUACAGCGCAUUUUUACGUGGCACCAUCGGUCAAGUGAUGGCGUUAAGAGAGAAGAGCAAAGCAACUCGUAACGAUCUGAUCGAUGUGUUGGUGAGCCUCAAAGAAGAGGCUAUUGCGAAAGGCGAAUAUAAUGCACAGCUACAGGAUAUUUUGACAGCACAAGCUGCUGUGUUUUUCUCAGCUGGCUUUGAGACGUCCUCUUCGACGAUGACAUUUGCGCUCUAUGAAUUAUCCAAACGACUCGACUUACAAGAACGUCUGCGCAAUGAGAUCUGUGAAGCUCUUAUAGCUGAACAGGGUAAAAUGUCAUAUGAGACAAUCAAUAAUCUACCAUAUCUGAGUAUGGUAGUGGACGAAGUGUUGCGUUUAUACCCAGUAGUACCUUUUCUCGAUCGCGAACAUCUGCCUAAGGAUGGGGAAAAACAAUGUGAUCUUAAACCGUUUUACGAUUACACAGUGCCAGUAGGCAUGGCUCUUUAUGUACCAGUCUUCGCCAUACAACGUGACCCCGAGUUUUGGCCCAAUCCGAACACGUUCGAUCCUGAACGCUUCAGCRSYGAGAAUAAGAAAACCCAUAAGCCUAUGACGUACCUUCCCUUCGGUAGUGGACCACGUAACUGUAUUGGUGGUCGCAUCGGUUUGUUACAGUCUAAGCUGGGUUUGGUGCAUAUUUUGAAGAAUCAUUAUGUGACCACAUGUGAGAAGACACCGUCUGAAAUCACUUUCGAUCCACUGUCCAUAGUUUUAAGUUAUAAAGGAGGCAUUUACUUGAAAUUGGUCAAUGACAAACGAUGCGAACGCAUUGCGAGGCAGUAAAUGUGCGAAAUAAUUU